AUGCCGCGGCGGCAGGACUCGUGGCGCCACUCGGAGCUGCUGGCCGUCAGCGCGCUCCUGGCCUCCAAGGACGCGCUCCUGCUCACGGAGGACCGCAAGAUAGACACAAAGACCGAAGCGGGCUUCGGCGCCGCCGCCAGCCUCCUCGAGGGCCUCGACGCCCUGGGCCGAGCACUGCAGAUGGAGCCCGCUCCGCGCAGGUACCGCCAGAAGUUCACGCUGAACUACAGGGCCCUCUUCCCGGACCAGUCGCGGAACUACCGCGUGGACAUUUUCGAGGCGAGCGCGGAGCAGGAGAGCGUGAUCUGGGUCAACGGGGACAAGUUCGAAUUCAGCGUGGAAGCCAUGCACCUCGCCAGGGAGCUGCAGCGGACGUGGGCAGGCCUGGACGAGCAGCUGGAAAGGUUGCGACGCGAGAAGCCGUGGGCGCCGGGCGCGAGGGCGGAGCUGCAGGGCGCGCUCUCGGCGGUAGACCAGGCGUGGGCGGACUUCGAGGAGAGGUACAUCUCCGAGCUCAUCGAGAUCGAGGAGCGGGCCCGGAGGCUCAUCGUGCAGGCAGUGGAGCACGAGCGCAACCUUCGCCUCAUGGAGGCCACGCAGCGCAGCGCCAGGACCCCGGCGAAGAGCGCCGAGUACCAGGAGGAGCAGGCGCUGCUGGUGCAGUGCAUCUCCCACCUGAACUCCGUGGCCAACUUCAAGAGAAAGGGCCGCAGCGACCUGGGCGCGGCGGUGCUCCGCAAGUCGGAGCAGGUGCUCGAGGGUCGGCCGCCCGCCAGGGGCGGCCCAGGCGCCUCGCAGGUGCUGGCCACCGACGUUGUGGAGUCCUUCGGCGCGUUGCGGUGCUACCUGCACGAGGUGGCGAGCUGCUUGGAGCGGGUGGACCCGCAUUUGUGCAACAACCCCGGGCUCGUGGCCCGGCUCGUGGACUGGGAGGAAAGCUGGGAAGUGGCCACGCAGUACAUGCAGCACGAGGGCCUGCACCUGGCCCUCUGCGGCGUGGUGGACGAUCUGCGCGAGGCGCGGGAGCUCGCGCCCGCGCUGGGCAGGAUGUGCGAGGAGUGCGACGUGGAGCUGUUCAUGGUGCUUCCGAGGAUCACCUGGCUCAGCUUCUUCAACGACCCCACGCGGCAGGCGUUCGUGAUCCGGCAGAUGUUGCCGAAGUGUUUCCCGGACCG